ACAUGUUAUGAAAUUUGAAAGAAAAGAAAGAAGAAAAUUAUCAAAAUUAACAUAAAAAAUUUUGAAUCAUGCGACACGAUUUGACAAAAAAUGUAUCACAAAUUCAACAAGCUGAAUUAAAAAAAAUAAGAAAAAUUAAUAAUCAUUUAAUUAAAAAAGAAAAUUCGUAAUAGUGUUUGUAUAAUUCGCUUUUUGAAUUAAUAUAUUUUUCUUCGAACAACUACUCCCAUGGAAUAGCAUCAUCAUCAGUCAACAUAUAAUACUAUAAUAUAUCGAUCCUCUUCGGUAUCGACAACAAGCGGAGACGCGUUUUCGUUCGUUAGAAGAAUAUACGAGAUGAAUACAUUCGUUAAAGCAUCAAAAGUUUUCAUUGCUCGAUAAUCAGCUCAGAAAGUCUACAAACAAACGAAUACGAAAAGUAGUUCCGUUUCUAGUUUGGUUCAGGGAACGAUCGAAUAUGGAAAUCGCAGCCUCUGCAAUGUUGGAUGGCCUGAAAAACAAUCGAAUCAGCAAGUUGGCACUGUCGCGGUUCUUGUCGCAGAGUCUAUUAUAUCUAAAACUUAAUAACGGGAAUGUGAACGCAUUCACGCAAUAAUCGUGGUUAAAGACACUCGGAACAAUAAAAUCAUGUGGGCUGCAGUCACGAGAUCUUUGGAAAUACUGGUUGCCUUCUUCGAAUAUUACACUACCAGAGCGCAACUGGAAACAACCGGUAGUCCAGCGAAUAAACCAGCAUCAUCGGCAAGUGGAAGUGGUACAGGCGGAAAUAGUGGGACAAGUGUCGGUGCGAAUAACUUGACGACAAGCGGAGUAGCCACGGGAAGUAGCGGAUCUGGAUCUGGAGCAGGCGCCACUGUAUCUGGCAUUGGCACUGUAAAUGCAGGGACCAGUGGUAUCAGCAUCGGGGCGAAUGUUGGUACCGGAAAUGUGGCCAGUGGAACAGUUGAAUCUCGUACAUCGACGAUUGGAGUACAAAAUAAACAAUUGCAAAAUGUCAAAGGAGAACAUCCUUCCAAAGCAUUCCUACAAAAUAGAUCGAUGUCUUUAGUGGACAUGUAUAUUGAUAAUUCGGAGCCCAGCGAAAACGUUGGUCAAAUUCAUUUUAGUCUGGAAUAUGAUUUUCAAAAUACUACGCUUAUCCUACGUAUUAUACAGGGUAAGGAUUUGCCAGCAAAGGACUUAUCCGGAACGUCUGAUCCUUACGUUCGUGUAACUCUUCUGCCGGACAAAAAACACCGACUUGAAACGAAGAUAAAAAGACGCACGCUAAAUCCUCGAUGGAACGAAACAUUUUAUUUCGAAGGUUUUCCAAUUCAAAAGUUACAAAGUCGAGUGUUACAUUUACAUGUAUUUGAUUACGAUCGAUUUUCAAGAGAUGAUUCCAUUGGAGAAAUGUUUCUUCCGCUAUGUCAGGUCGAUUUUUCGGACAAACCUUCGUUCUGGAAAGCUUUAAAACCUCCAGCAAAAGAUAAAUGUGGAGAAUUAUUGUGUUCUUUAUGUUAUCAUCCGAGUAAUUCCGUAUUGACUUUGACACUUUUGAAAGCUAGAAAUUUGAAAGCAAAGGAUAUUAAUGGGAAAUCAGAUCCGUACGUAAAAGUAUGGUUACAAUUUGGAGAUAAGAGAAUUGAAAAACGAAAAACUCCUAUAUUUAAAUGUACUUUAAAUCCAGUAUUUAAUGAAGCUUUCUCAUUCAAUGUACCAUGGGAAAAAAUUCGCGAAUGCUCGUUAGACGUAAUGGUAAUGGACUUUGAUAACAUUGGUCGAAAUGAAUUGAUUGGACGAAUUCAACUUGCAGGAAAAAACGGAAGUGGAGCAAGCGAAACAAAACAUUGGCAAGAUAUGAUUACGAAGCCACGACAAACAAUCGUACAAUGGCAUCGAUUAAAACCGGAAUAAAGAUCCCAAUAAAAUUCAAAAUGUCAAAAAUUUAAAAAUAGAUCAAUGGUUGCUAUUUUAUUUAAUUCUUCUUAUUCGAUUGGUUGUAAUGCAGAAUGAAAAAAGGAAAAAAUUGAAGUUCUACAAGAGAGAUUUCCCCAUUUUCAAGAAUAUAUGAUGAGCAUAUAAAACAUUAUUCUUAUCGAGAGAAACUUCUCUCAUGUUACAGUUAAAUUAUUCUCUUCAAUAUCGAUACUUGUCGUUGGUUAUUUAUUUAUUUUUCUUUCUUAUUAUGUACAACAACGAUUCUACGAUGAAUAUAUCGAAUUCACUAUCUUUGCGUAUAAAUUCGUUCUCACAUGAUUCGACUCUGACUCAUGCAUCGCAAUGUUUUCAUAUAUGUAUAAUAUACAUACAUAGAGGAACCGACAAGACGCUCGAAAGCGUAAUCAAUUAAUAUUACUUUUAAAUUUUUAUUGACAUUUAACAUUGAAUGUUAUUUUUAUGACUAUUUUGCACGAGUAAAUAUGUAUAGAGUACGUAAUACUGUUGCUUCGAAAUCCGUGAUGCGUCAAGCGUCCUCAACUCUAUUUAUAUCCGGUGUCUUUCGAUUAUGGUAUUAUGGCUGCUCUAGAAAAAAAAUUUAACGAUAAAAAAUUUAAUGAAUUCUCUAUAAUUGUCUUCUAAUAAUAUUGCAUUUAAUGAAAAUUACUAAUAGAUAUUAUUUUUCUAAUUGAAUGUUAAAUGUGAUGAUUUUUUAUCUUUAUUCAUAUUACUAUUUUUUUCGUUUACCAUAUAUCUAUUCAAAUUAAUCAUUUCUUUUUUUUUUCUUUAUUUAUUCUUUUUUUUCUUUAUUUAUUUUAUGAUAUAUCAUUGAUCAUCGCAUAGAAAUUCAAUCGGAGCAAGACACCGGAAUAUAAUGUUGAAUUCUCAUAGAAUCCAUAAAACAGCGAUAUUUUUGACGGAAUUUUUGUAUCGACUUAGUCGGAAAUCUUUUGAAAGCGAUGAAAAUUGUGAUCGGUGUUACACCUUGAAUUAAUCUUAAGCGUUAAAUUCGAUAGUUUGCUGUUGUUAACAAUAACACGUAGAAAGAUCCUUGAGAUCAAAUUCAGAUGGCGAUUUUGCAUACAUUAUACGUAUGUGCGCUCGUGUACGUGUAUAUGUACGUUUGUAUAUACGUGUGGUAUUUGUGUGCCGAAAUGCGAAUAUUCUUGUAUAUGUGUCGAAUGUGCAGUGCGUCGUGAAAGAAACAACGAUAAUUCUAAUUAUUCACAAAUUGAAAAGCGUUACGUAGCUACGUUUAGCGUAGCGCUUUUAGGUUAGAUGCGUUUCUAGACUGAAAGUGUAAAAAUCGAUAUUGCAGCAAAGAUAUAUUC